AUGCCAGGCGGAGCUACCGUGUUAGCGGCAGCGACUAACCCAGAUCGGGUAGAGGCUCCAGUCACCGUCAAAGCCUACCUUUUGUGUGUCUUUGCGUCAUUCGGUGGUAUCUUCUUUGGUUACGACUCCGGUUACAUGAACGGUGUAUUGGGAAUGAACUACUUUAUCAACCUUUACACUGGUCUUCCCAUCCCUGCAGCCGAUGCCACCCAAGCUCAGAAAGACGCUUUCACCCUUCCCUCAUGGCAAAAAUCACUCAUCACUUCCAUCCUUUCCGCCGGUACCUUCUUUGGUGCUAUCAUCGCUGGUGAUUUGGCCGAUUACUUCGGACGAAGAAUAACCAUUGUCUCUGGAUGUGGUAUUUUCAUCGUCGGUUGUGUCCUUCAAACCGCCUCUCACGGUUUAGGUCUUUUGGUAGCUGGUCGAAUCGUCUCUGGUUUCGGUGUCGGUUUCAUCUCAGCCAUCAUCAUCUUGUACAUGUCUGAGAUCGCCCCUAGAAAAGUCAGAGGUGCCAUCGUAUCAGGAUACCAAUUCUGUAUCACCAUUGGUCUUCUCUUGGCCUCUUGUGUAUGUUACGCCACACAAGAUCGAACCGAUACUGGAUCUUACAGAAUCCCCAUCGCUAUCCAAUUCGCUUGGGCUCUCAUCCUCGGUGGUGGUCUCUGUUUGUUACCAGAAUCACCAAGAUGGUACGUCAAACACGGAAAGAUCGACCAAGCUACGAGAGCUCUUUCAAGAGUCAGAGGUCAACCUCAAGAUUCUACUUAUAUCCAAGAAGAGAUUGCUGAAAUCAUCGCCAACCACGAAUACGAAACUGAACUUAUCCCUUCUCAAUCUUACCUCGGAUCUUGGGCAGCUUGUUUCAGCGGAUCAAUCUCCAACCCUCAAUCAAACUUACGACGAACUCUUCUUGGUAUCUCUUUGCAAAUGAUGCAACAAUGGACUGGUGUAAACUUCAUCUUCUACUUUGGUACUACCUUCUUCCAAGAUCUCGGUACUAUCUCCAACCCAUUCUUGAUCUCGCUCAUCACCACUUUGGUCAACGUCUGUUCUACUCCUCUGUCAUUCUGGACCAUCGAAAGAUACGGUCGAAGACCUCUUUUGAUCUACGGUGCCUUGGGAAUGUUCAUCUGUGAAUUCAUCGUCGGUAUCAUGGGAGUCGCCAAACCCGGUGACAGCUCAAUCGUUAAAGCUCAAAUCUCAUUCAUCUGUAUCUACAUCUUCUUCUUCGCUUCCACUUGGGGUCCUGGUGCUUGGGUAUGUAUCGGUGAGAUCUUCCCCAUCCCAAUUCGAUCAAGAGGUGUCGGUCUCUCAACCGCCUCCAACUGGUUCUGGAACUGUAUCAUCGCCGUCAUCACCCCUUACAUGGUCGGUACCGAUCAAGGUAACCUCGGUUCAAAGGUUUUCUUCGUCUGGGGUUCAACUUGUGUGAUCUGUUUCAUCUACGCUUAUUUCUUGGUAUGGGAGACCAAAUCCCUUACUUUGGAGCAGGUAGACAGGAUGAUGGAAGAAUGCGGUUCUCCUCGAAAAUCUGCAGGUUGGAAACCCCAUUCCACCUUCGCUGCUGAGAUGGGUCUCACUCAAGAAGGCAAGUUACCCGUCUCCACCCACGAGAAGAUUGGUGCCGAUCACAACGACGUUGCCAACUCCGCCCCUGUCCCCGCUACUGCUGUAUAA